AUGACGUUUGCCCAAGCUGCGGAUGAAAAUCUCUAUGAAGCUUGGGAACGUUUCAAAAAUCUAUUGAGGAAGUGUCCACAACACAACCUCACCCAAGCACAGCAAGUGGCUAAGUUCUAUGAUGGUCUCCAAUAUUCUUCAAGGUUUGGUUUAGAUGCGGCUUCAAACGGUGAGUUCGAUGCCCUUCUUCCACAAGUUGGGUAUGAGCUGAUUGAAAAGAUGGCUUUGAGACCCAUGAACUCUAGUAAUGAUUGUCAAGCUCGAAGAGGAGUCCUUGAAGUUGAGGCUUAUGAUCGACUUAUUGCCUCCAACAAGCAACUCUCCAAGCAAAUGGCCGAGAUUCAGAACCAAAUGAAAACCACCAAGGUUGGUGGUAGAAUUGCCAAGGUGGAGUGUGUGACUUGUGGAGGACAGCAUGAUAGUGAAGACUGUACUGAGACUAGGCCGGAAGAGGAAGUCAAAGCCAUGGGUCAAGCUCGUAAUGACCCAUUCUCCAAUACCUACAAUCCUGGAUGGAGAAACCACCCCAAUUUCUCUUGGAGGCAAAGCAAUAAUGGCCAAGGAGGUAUGUAUCAAAGGCAAUUCCCUAAUCAAGGCAUUCAAGGCCAAUCCUCAAGGCAGCCACAAGAGAGAAUAGAAGGUGAAAGCGGUGGUAGCAAGAAGAAUUUGGAGGAGUUGGUUGAAACUUUCAUCAACCGAACUGAGAACAAUUACAAAAACCAGGAGGCGGCUAUUAAAAACUUAGAGAAUCAAUUUGGCCAGCUGGCCAAGCUAAUAGCCGAAAGACCUCAAGGUAAAUUUCCUUCCGAUACUAUCCCCAAUCCAAAACAGGAGAAUGCCUCUGUGGUGACUACUCGAAGUGGUAGGGUGAUGAGUGAAUUGAAAAAAAAAACAGAGGGAGGAAAGAAUGAGGAGAUAGUUGAGGGAGAGAUUGUGGUACCCAUCAAGACUAAAGAGGUUAGAGACCUUACUCCUAAGGUUAGCAAGAUUCCUUUUCCUAAGGCCUUGACUAAGAAAAACAUAGACAAGAAGUUCUCAAAGUUUGUGGAAGUUUUCAUAAAACUCCACAUUAAUAUCCCUUUUGCCGACGCUUUGGAGCAAAUGCCCAUAUAUGCUAGGUUCAUGAAGGAUAUCUUGUCUAAGAGGAUGACUUUGAAGGGGGUUGAUGAGACGGUAGUGUUGACGGAAGAGUGUAGUGCCAUCUUGCAGCGGAAGAUGCCGAUGAAAAGAAGAGACCCCGAAAGUUUCACUAUUCCGGUGGAAGUUGAAGGAAAGGCAGAAGCAUAG